GUUAAAUCGAAAAAAAGAAUACGUGAUAAAUCAUAAGAUAAAGGUUCGAGAGAGAAACGACAUAUUAUAGUUAUUCGAGAUAAUUAAGAAAGAAAAAAAAAGAUGAUAAUUGCAUUUUCGGCGAUGUCAUUGUAUUUGUGAUUCGCUCUGUCUGUAGGGCACCGGUGCUCUUUUGUGUUGUGUAUAUAGUGGUUUGCAUUUUUGCGGGUGUGUUGUGUGCACGUAUGCGUGGAAUUCGCGAAAAGCGUUAGAUAAAUGUGUCUUAACCAUGCCUGCUGUGCGGAAGUAUAGAAGGGAUACCAGUGAAGUGAGCUGCUGUCUCAAGUAUGUGAUCUUUGGAUUUAACGUUAUGUUUUGGUGGCUGGGUUUGGGUAUUAUGGCUGUAGGUGUAUGGGCAUGGACCGAAAAAGACACAUUCAACAAUUUGUCUAGGCUCACGAAUGUAGCACUCGAUCCAGCAUUUAUCCUCAUUCUAGUCGGCACAGUGACAUUUAUAAUUGGAUUUACGGGAUGUGUCGGUGCACUCAGGGAAAAUACGUGCCUCCUAGCUACGUAUGCGAUAUUUCUGGCGUUACUAUUGUUAAUGGAGAUGGCAGCUGGUAUAUUAGGCUUUAUCUUUAAAGACUGGAUAAAGUCACAAGCGACUGGUGGGUUCCAAGCUUUUAUCAUUCAUUAUAGAGAAGAUCCUGAUCAACAGAAUCUCAUCGAUUGGAUUCAAGAGGAUUGGUUACAGUGUUGCGGCAUCGAGGGCCCUAAAGACUGGGAUCGCAACAAUUACUUCAAUUGUUCAUCGAGCGACAUCGGCUCGAGAGAAGCGUGCGGCGUGCCUUUUAGCUGUUGUAAACGAAAACCAAAUGAGAUUAUCAAAAAUAAACAAUGCGGCUACGAUGUUAGGAAACCUAGCUACACUGGGGAGAGGAGUAUAUACGAGAGAGGCUGUCUAAGAGCAGGCGAAGAAUGGCUAGAAUUGAAUCUCGUACCUGUCGCUGGUACGGUUGUCAGCACUAUGGUUUUACAGAACUUUGAAGUUGCCAAAGUGAUUUAUGAAAAAGGUUGUAUUCAAGCUGGGGAGGAAUGGGUCGAACGAAAUCUUCUUGCGAUUGUAACUGGGGCGGUUGCCACGGCCUUUGCGCAGAUUUUGGGGAUCUGUUUCGCUCAAAAUCUUCGAGCAGACAUAUUCGCUCAGAAGGCAAAGUGGCAUUGACAAUUCAGAGCCCCCACGGCAGUCUAGCAUCUUAUUCUAAUAGAUGCUAAUCAAUUGCGUUGAUCGAUUUGGGAUAAUCGUCCAAGUUCUCGAUAAAGGAGACCUUUGACGUGAGAAUCGACACCAUUCCACGCGACACCAGGAUUCAGAAGAAGAUCACGAAGAACGAAAUCUGAACAAAGUCGACACGAUGCAAACGUUUCUUUCAUCCCUCGGUUGUUAAAAAAGAAAAGAAAAAUAUCGAAGAUUUUCCGCACUUUUAUCUUCGUCGUUUCCCAUAAAUUAUUCGGAAAUAAGAUAUUUCGAAAUUUGAUCGCACACGUGAUGAUCCGUUUUCAUUUUGUAAAUUAGGUAUAAGCGUUAAUGACGAAGCUGCGAAUUAUGUUUAAGCGAGUGUAUACGGUUUCACAGUUUUAUUGAUAAUUACGAUGAAUUAUCGUUAUUAUGUUGUCGAGAGACAAUGUGUAUCGAACUGAUACAGCUGUUUCGUUUAUUUUAUGACGACGACACAAUAUAGCGUAAUACUUGUUGCAUAUUCUGUAUUUUUGUCG